AUGUCGGACUUUCUUACGCUUCAACAAAAAGUGGAUUUAGCUCGUGGUGAUUUUAUUCGUAUCGCUGGAAGUAUAAACGGUGAAAUUAGUUGGGAUCAGUGUGAACUGCUGAUCAAACAAUAUUGUCCGAAUGCAUCGAAAACUCAAAUUGAUGGUUUAUUGUACGAUGCUGAUCAAGAUGGAACUUCAACGAUACAUUUCGACGGUUUCCUCACUGCGAUCCUUUAUUUCUUCGAAACAAAGGUUGAUCAACAUGGCUCAACAUUGCCAGAUGUUGAGCAACAGCAACAACGACUAAACGACUUUGUUCAGAAGCUGUUCGAAAUGAAAACGGCUGGCAUUAUUAUCAAUGAUAAGAUAGAAGAACUUGCUGAUCAAUAUAACAUCCCACAUCAGUGA